AUGGGCACGGGGCGGGCGCAAGGAGGGGUAGCGAGAGACGAAGAGGAGAGAGAGAGAGAGAAGGGGCACUCACACGGCGCAGGGCGGCGCGGCGGGCAGCGGCAGGCAGGCGGGGGGCGCGCGCGGGGGCGGCUCCAGCAUGGGCACGGGGCGGGCGCAAGGAGGGGUAGCGAGAGACGAAGAGGAGAGAGAGAGAGAGAGAGAGAGAGAAGGGGCACUCACACGGCGCAGGGCGGCGCGGCGGGCAGCGGCAGGCAGGCGGGGGGGGGGGGGCGCGCGCGGGGGCGGCUCCAGCAUGGGCACGGGGCGGGCGCAAGGAGGGGAGAGCGAGAGACGAAGAGAAAGAGAGAGAGAGAGAGAGAAGGGGCACUCACACGGCGCAGGGCGGCGCAGGGCGGCGCGGCGGGCAGCGGCAGGCAGGCGGGGGGCGCGCGCGGGGGCGGCUCCAGCAUGGGCACGGGGGCGGGCGCAAGGAGGGGAGAGCGAGAGACGAAGAGAAAGAGAGAGAGAGAGAGAGAAGGGGCACUCACACGGCGCAGGGCGGCGCGGCGGGCAGCGGCAGGCAGGCGGGGGGCGCGCGCGGGGGCGGCUCCAGCAUGGGCACGGGGCGGGCGCAAGGAGGGGAGAGCGAGAGACGAGAGAGAAAGAGAGAGAGAGAGAGAGAGAAGGGGCACUCACACGGCGCAGGGCGGCGCGGCGGGCAGCGGCAGGCAGCGCAGCGGCAGGCAGGCGGGGGGCGCGCGCGGGGGCGGCUCCAGCAUGGGCACGGGGCGGGCGCAAGGAGGGGAGAGCGAGAGACGAAGAGAAAGAGAGAGAGAGAGAGAGAGAAGGGGCACUCACACGGCGCAGGGCGGCGCGGCGGGCAGCGGCAGGCAGGCGGGGGGCGCGCGCGGGGGCGGCUCCAGCAUGGGCACGGGGCGGGCGCAAGGAGGGGAGAGCGAGAGACGAAGAGAAAGAGAGAGAGAGAGAGAGAGAAGGGGCACUCACACGGCGCAGGGCGGCGCGGCGGGCAGCGGCAGGCAGGCGGGGGCGCGCGCGGGGGCGGCUCCAGCAUGGGCACGGGGCGGGCGCAAGGAGGGGAGAGCGAGAGACGAAGAGAGAGAGAGAGAGAGAGAGAAGGGGCACUCACACGGCGCAGGGCGGCGCGGCGGGCAGCGGCAGGCAGGCGGGGGGCGCGCGCGGGGGCGGCUCCAGCAUGGGCACGGGGGGGGCGCAAGGAGGGGAGAGCGAGAGACGAAGAGAAAGAGAGAGAGAGAGAGAGAAGGGGCACUCACACGGCGCAGGGCGGCGCGGCGGGCAGCGGCAGGCAGGCGGGGGGCGCGCGCGGGGGCGGCUCCAGCAUGGGCACGGGGCGGGCGCAAGGAGGGGAGAGCGAGAGACGAAGAGAAAGAGAGAGAGAGAGAGAGAAGGUGGGCACUCACACGGCGCAGGGCGGCGCGGCGGGCAGCGGCAGGCAGGCGGGGGGCGCGCGCGGGGGCGGCUCCAGCAUGGGCACGGGGCGGGCGCAAGGAGGGGAGAGCGAGAGACGACGACGAAGAGAAAGAGAGAGAGAGAGAGAGAGAAGAGAAGGGGCACUCACACGGCGCAGGGCGGCGCGGCGGGCAGCGGCAGGCAGGCGGGGGGCGCGCGCGGGGGGCGGCUCCAGCAUGGGCACGGGGCGGGCGCAAGGAGGGGGAGAGCGAGAGACGAAGAGAAAGAGAGAGAGAGAGAGAGAGAAGGGGCACUCACACGGCGCAGGGCGGCGCGGCGGGCAGCGGCAGGCAGGCGGGGGGCGCGCGCGGGGGCGGCUCCAGCAUGGGCACGGGGCGGGCGCAAGGAGGGGAGAGCGAGAGACGAAGAGAAAGAGAGAGAGAGAGAGAGAGAAGAAGGGGCACUCACACGGCGCAGGGCGGCGCGGCGGGCAGCGGCAGGCAGGGCGGGGGGCGCGCGCGGGGGCGGCUCCAGCAUGGGCACGGGGCGGGCGCAAGGAGGGGAGAGCGAGAGACGAAGAAGAAAGAGAGAGAGAGAGAGAGAGAAGGGGCACUCACACGGCGCAGGGCGGCGCGGCGGGCAGCGGCAGGCAGGGGGGGGGCGCGCGCGGGGGCGGCUCCAGCAUGGGCACGGGGCGGGCGCAAGGAGGGGAGAGCGAGAGAGACGAAGAGAAAGAGAGAGAGAGAGAGAGAGAAGGGGCACUCACACGGCGCAGGGCGGCGCGGCGGGCAGCGGCAGGCAGGCGGGGGGCGCGCGCGGGGGCGGCUCCAGCAUGGGCACGGGGCGGGCGCAAGGAGGGGAGAGCGAGAGACGAAAGAGAAAGAGAGAGAGAGAGAGAGAGAAGGGGCACUCACACGGCGCAGGGCGGCGCGGCGGGCAGCGGCAGGCAGGCGGGGGGCGCGCGGGGGCGGCUCCAGCAUGGGCACGGGGCGGGCGCAAGGAGGGGAGAGCGAGAGACGAAGAGAAAGAGAGAGAGAGAGAGAGAGAGAAGGGGCACUCACACGGCGCAGGGCGGCGCGGCGGGCAGCGGCAGGCAGGCGGGGGGCGCGCGCGGGGGCGGCUCCAGCAUGGGCACGGGGCGGGCGCAAGGAGGGGAGAGCGAGAGACGAAGAGAAAAGAGAGAGAGAGAGAGAGAGAAGGGGCACUCACACGGCGCAGGGCGGCGCGGCGGGCAGCGGCAGGCAGGCGGGGGGCGCGCGCGGGGGCGGCUCCAGCAUGGGCACGGGGCGGGCGCAAGGAGGGGAGAGCGAGAGACGAAGAGAAGAGAGAGAGAGAGAGAGAGAGAAGGGGCACUCACACGGCGCAGGGCGGCGCGGCGGGCAGCGGCAGGCAGGCGGGGGGGCGCGCGCGCGGGGGCGGCUCCAGCAUGGGCACGGGGCGGGCGCAAGGAGGGGAGAGCGAGAGACGAAGAGAAAGAGAGAGAGAGAGAGAGAGAAGGGGCACUCACACGGCGCAGGGCGGCGCGGCGGGCAGCGGCAGGCAGGCGGGGGGGCGCGCGCGGGGGCGGCUCCAGCAUGGGCACGGGGCGGGCGCAAGGAGGGGAGAGCGAGAGACGAAGAGAGAAGAGAGAGAGAGAGAGAGAGAAGGGGCACUCACACGGCGCAGGGCGGCGCGGCGGGCAGCGGCAGGCAGGCGGGGGGCGCGCGCGGGGGCGGCUCCAGCAUGGGCACGGGGGGGCGGGCGCAAGGAGGGGAGAGCGAGAGACGAAGAGAAAGAGAGAGAGAGAGAGAGAGAAGGGGCACUCACACGGCGCAGGGCGGCGCGGCGGGCAGCGGCAGGCAGGCGGGGGGCGCGCGCGGGGGCGGCUCCAGCAUGGGCACGGGGGGGCGGGCGCAAGGAGGGGAGAGCGAGAGACGAAGAGAAAGAGAGAGAGAGAGAGAGAGAAGGGGCACUCACACGGCGCAGGGCGGCGCGGCGGGCAGCGGCAGGCAGGCGGGGGGCGCGCGCGGGGGCGGCUCCAGCAUGGGCACGGGGGGCGGGCGCAAGGAGGGGAGAGCGAGAGACGAAGAGAAAGAGAGAGAGAGAGAGAGAGAAGGGGCACUCACACGGCGCAGGGCGGCGCGGCGGGCAGCGGCAGGCAGGCGGGGGGGGCGCGCGCGGGGGCGGCUCCAGCAUGGGCACGGGGCGGGCGCAAGGAGGGGAGAGCGAGAGACGAAGAGAAGAGAGAGAGAGAGAGAGAGAGAAGGGGCACUCACACGGCGCAGGGCGGCGCGGCGGGCAGCGGCAGGCAGGCGGGGGGCGCGCGCGGGGGCGGCUCCAGCAUGGGCACGGGGCGGGCGCAAGGAGGGGAGAGCGAGAGACGAAGAGAAAGAGAGAGAGAGAGAGAGAGAGAAGGGGCACUCACACGGCGCGGGGCGGCGCGGCGGGCAGCGGCAGGCAGGCGGGGGGCGCGCGCGGGGGCGGCUCCAGCAUGGGCACGGGGCGGGCGCACGCGGCCGCUCCGCGCGUGGCGCAGCGCGCAGCGCCGCGGCUGCUCAGCGACCACGCGUAGCGGCCCCAGCCGCACCGGAUGAUCACUGCCGGGGGGAGCACUCACUAGCCGUUGGCGCUGAUGUAACUUCGUUCCCAUUUGAGACGAUAAGACUU